AGAACUGGUUUCCUGGUUUCCUGCAAGGAAGCGGACGCCAUGAUCCCUGAAGUCCACAGAGUUUCGGACAACUCUUAGCUGACGCCGCGACUAGGUGCAUUUUCCUUGUCAGUAUCCUUUGUUCGCCGCUCCAAAUGGAGCUCUCUGUGGAAGGCUAAGAACCAGAGAGACGAGCUCUUUCACUCUGACUCAACCUCGUAAUAGGUCGAAUUCCACUACCAGUCUCCUCCGUCAUUAUCUUGAUUUUUACGUACCAAUCGCCUCCGUCGUAGGUUGCACUUUCCUGAUAUUUAAUAUUCUUACAGUGAAUUCUCACACACAUGCGGAGCUGACGUGGCUGGCCGGCAAAUUGCAUCACAUGUGAGUCCAGCCAGAAGCUGAAACCGUCACUGACGGUUUACCAGGCCGUCAGUUAGCAAGUCCGCGAGCAGUUAUCCGACAGUAGCAUUUCACGUCGGAGAUAGCCGCCUGACGACCACAGUAACCACUUAUCGUCAAAUUUGCAUCGCGCCGAUAUUUCCUUCCGAAUUCCCACAAUAGAGAGUUUCGUUUCGAAACCAUGACUACCGACACCCGCUCCUCGUGUUCUACUGCGUCUACCUGGAAAGAAAACGGCGCCACUGAUCGCAUUUUUGAGACGUCUGAAGGAUCCUCAGCUCCUUCCUGGAAAGAGAACGGCAUCACUGAUCGGAUAGUCUGCUUCCUGGAAGGCCUAGGCUCCCCCUCCGGUUGCCGGCACGAGGACUUCCGGCUGCAGAACGGCGAGGAGGCGUUUCGAGGUUUGCACUCCGACUGGGUGACCAACGAGCUGCUGGCGUGCGCGAGACCCACGGACGCCAUGAUCGAAGACGGAUUGGCGCAUAGAUUCGCUGAAAGAGGCAUCAGGCUGAUCGUGAACCUGGAGGAACCAGGGGAGCACCCAUGGUGUGGGCCAGGGAUCACAGCGUCGGGCUUUUCCUACACUCCAGACAACUUCAUCAAGGCUGGAGUGGGUUACCUCCACGUGCCCUGGAAGGACAUGGCAUGCCCGCCAUUCCCAACCAUGCUCUCUAUCGUUCAGAGCAUCUCCGUUUUCAUUGGACGGCGCCAAAAGGUUGCUGUUCACUGUCAUGCUGGCCUGGGGAGGACAGGCCUUGUCAUCGCAUGUUACUUAGUCGCAGCAAAUUCUCUGGCGGCUGCUGAUGCUGUGGCUGUUGUGCGAGCGAUGAGGCCUGGAUCACUGCAAACGCGGAAGCAGGAAGUCUAUGUGGCUGAAUUCCAGAGAUAUGUGCGUGGAGAUGCCACCAAUGGGUCCCAAGAACAAGCCCCUUUGUUGGCUGGGCACUAUUCUCCUGAGGGCGCAUGGAUAUACAGGAUCCAGGAUCUAGCAUCUUAUGCUUGCCUUCUAUGCUCUGUUUGUUGCAAUCGUAGGAGAAGGCCAAUAGCCUGCUAAAUUAUGCAGCUCGUUGUUUCUCACAUGUAUACAGUUGAGCUCAGGUGUAGUAAAAAAUUGACUUCACG